UUUUCCCACAUACGGAGCAAUUCUUUUCGACCCCGCGGUGACUCCAGGAAAUCUAUCUAUAUAAAGCUGCCCUUCUCCUUCCUCGCCCUCGGGCUCAAUAUCUCCUGUUUGUCCAAACCAACCUUCUACAACCGGAGCCAUGGCAGCCGCCGCUGCAUCUGCAGCUGCGCUCGAUGAGGGCACCAAAAACACCAUGAAACUCGAGAAUACAGAGAAGAGAGAUACCCUCAUUGCCAUCGAGAAGAAGUACCAGGCCCAAUGGAAGGAGAACAAGGUUUUCGAGGUCGAUGCCCCCUCCGAGACGGAGGUGCCUUUCGGCAGCAUGUCCGCCGCGGAGCUCCGUGAGAAGCACCCCAAGUUCUUCGGAACUAUGGCAUACCCCUACAUGAACGGUACCCUCCACGCCGGUCACAGUUUCACUGCCAGUAAGGUUGAAUUCAUGACGGGUGUGGCCCGCAUGGAGGGCAAGAGGGCUCUUUUUCCCCUCGGAUUCCACUGCACCGGUAUGCCCAUCAAGGCCUGUGCCGACAAGCUCAGGGAUGAAGUCCAGAAGUUCGGUCAGAACUUCGAGGGCUACAGUGAGGAGGCUGAGGAGCAGGACAAGCCUGCUGCCCCGGCUCCUACUCAGGAGGUUAAGGCCCAACAGGAGAAGUUCUCCGGAAAGAAGAGCAAGGCUGCUGCCAAGACGGUGAAGAUGAAGUACCAGUUCCAGAUCAUGUUGGCCAUUGGUAUCCCCAUCGAGGAGAUUCACAAGUUCGCCGAUGCCAACUACUGGCUCCAGCAUUUCCCCCCUCUCGCCAUUCGCGAUCUUGACAGCAUGGGUGCCCGUGUUGACUGGCGCAGACAGUUCGUCACCACCGAUGCCAACCCCUACUAUGACGCUUUUGUGCGCUGGCAGAUGAACCGCCUCCACGAGCUGGGCAAGAUCAUGUACGGCAACCGCUACACCAUCUACUCCCCCAAGGACGGACAGCCUUGCAUGGACCACGACCGCACUGAGGGUGAGGGUAUCGGACCCCAGGAGUACACCGCCAUGAAGCUCAAGGUCAAGGAAUGGGCUCCCGAGAUUGCUGAGUUGGUCAAGGGCAAGAUUGAGGAUGACGCCAGUGUCUACUUUGUCCCUGCCACUCUGCGCCCGGAGACUAUGUACGGACAGACUUGCUGCUUCCUCGGCCCCAAGAUCACCUACGGUCUCUACAAGGUCAAGGAGAAGGAGUACUUCGUCGCUACUAAGAGAGCUGCCUGGAACAUGGCUUUCCAGGGCUUCUUCUUCGACAGCGCGAACUUCCCCAAGUCCCAGGAUCAGCUGCCUCUCGUCGUCGAGGCCCCCGGAUCCGCCUACGUUGGUACUCUUGUCAACGCUCCCCUGUCUUUCCACACCGAAGGUGUGCGCAUCCUUCCCAUGGAGGGUGUUUCUGCUAGCAAGGGUACCGGUGUUGUCACCUCCGUGCCCUCGGACUCUCCCGAUGAUUACGCCACUCUGCUGGAUCUCGCCAAGAAGCCCGAGUACUACGGUAUCAAGAAGGAGUGGGCUGAGCUGGAGAUCUUCCCUCUUAUCGACACUCCGACGUACGGCAACCUUACCGCUCCUGCGUUGGUCAAGCAGCUCAAGAUCAACUCUCCCAAGGAUGUUAACCAGCUUGCACAGGCCAAGGAGCUGGCAUAUGGUGAAGCUUUCUACAAGGGUACUAUGCUUGUUGGUGAGUACAAGGGCCAGCCGGUCAGCGCUGUCAAGGAGAAGAUCCGCAAGGCUCUCUACGAUAGCGGUGAUGCUUUCCCCUUCGCCGACCCCAUGGGCAAGGUUGUCAGCCGCAGUGGCGAUGACUGCGUGGUCGCCUUCCUCGGCCAGUGGUUCCUGAACUACGGAGAGAACGACGCAGAAUGGCAGAACACUACCCUGAACCACGUUGUGAACACCCUCAACGCCUACUCGAACGAGACCAAGAACGGCUUCGAGAAGAACCUCUCUUGGCUCAACCGCUGGGCUUGCGCUAGAACCUACGGUCUGGGUUCGAAGCUCCCCUGGGACCCUCAGUUCCUUGUUGAGAGUUUGAGUGACAGUACAGUCUACAUGGCCUACUACACUAUCGCCCACUACCUGCACGGUGACCGUUACGGCAAGGAGACCGGUUCCCUAAACGUGAAGGCCGAACAGAUGAUCGACGAAGUCUGGGACUACGUCUUCACCAGACGUGAGCUCAGCGAUGAGCUUGUUACCAAGAGCGGUAUCAGCAAGGAGGCCCUGCAGAAGAUGCGCCGUGAGUUCGAGUACUGGUAUCCUCUGGACGUCCGUGUCUCCGGAAAGGAUCUCAUCCAGAACCACUUGACCUUCUUCCUCUACAUCCACGUCGCGCUCUUCCCCCCAGAGUACUGGCCCCGUGGUGUUCGUGCCAACGGACACUUGCUGCUGAACGGUGAGAAGAUGAGCAAGAGUACGGGUAACUUCCUUACUCUGAAGGAUGCCGUCGAGAAGUUCGGUGCCGAUGCUACCCGUAUCGCAUUCGCCGACGCUGGUGAUGGUAUCGAAGACGCCAACUUCGAGGAGACCGUUGCCAACAGCAACAUCUUGCGUCUCCACACUCUCAAGGAUUGGAUGGAGGAAGUUGUCAAGGACGAGACCCUGCGUACUGGCCCCGCCGAUGCGUUCUGGGACAAGCUCUUCGACAACGAGCUCAACGGCCUCGUCCGCGAGACUAAGAAGCACUACCAGGACACCAACUUCAAGCUUGCCCUGAAGUCUGGUCUGUACGAUCUGGUCAGUGCCCGUGACUUCUACCGUGAGGCCACCACCACGGCUGGUGUCGGCAUGCACCGUGACAUGGUCCUCCGCUACAUUGAGCUCCAGGCUCUGAUGAUGGCCGUCAUUGCUCCUCACUGGUCCGAGUACAUCUGGCUCGAGAUCCUGAAGAAGCCCUCGACCAUCCACCACGCUCGCUUCCCCGAGGUGCCGGAGCUCUCCCUCGAGCUGUCGGCCGCAUUGGACUAUGCCCGCUCGACCACCUCCAGCAUCACCUCCGCCGAGGCCAUGUUCGUCAAGAAGCUCUCCAAGGGCAAGCAGACGUCCUUCGACCCCCGCAAGCCCAAGAAGCUCACCAUCUUCGCCGCCAAGAAGUUCCCCGCUUGGCAGGAGAAGUACAUUGACCUGGUGCGCGAGGCCUUUGACGCCGUCAGCAUCUCCAUCAACGACAAGGAACUGAACGCCAAGGUCGGCAAGCUGGGCGAGAUGAAGAAGGCCAUGCCCUUCGUCCAGAGACUGAAGAAGCGUCUCGUCGUCGACAAGGAAGUCCCCGACGCCGUCUUCGACCGCAAGCUGCCCUUCGACGAGCUCGCUGUCCUGAGCGAGAUGGUCCCCGCCAUCAAGCGUGUCACCGGCUGCAAGGAGCUCGAGAUCAUUGCCGUCGAGGAGGGUGGCAAGACCGGUGAGGUUAUCGGCACUGGCGAGAAGCGGGAGGGUCUCUUGGCUGAGAACGCUGUUCCUGGCCAGCCUUCGUUUACUUUUGCCAACAUUGAGUAGACAUGCAUUAGCAUAUGGCUCUAUACAGAUUAGAUAUGACG